AAAGUAAAAGUGUUAAAAAUCUCCAGAUCUGGAGUGUGUGAUGCUGAGGCUGCAGCUCUCUCUCACACACACACACAGGCUCCUGCUGGUCUUUCAUGUGGAUGUAUCUUUAACCAGCUUCACGUGAGAGUGGAUGGAUCUUCUUGUAAGAUUUGAUGCAAUAUGAAGCUGCUCGCCGGCCGCUGCUUCACGUGGAUCCUUCAGAGAGGAGUCUUUUGUUUGUUGGUCCUUGGGCAACGUCAUCAUGGCGUCUUUACCUUGGACCACAGAGCAUCAGCUGAGCUCAAGAGAGACCAGGAGGAUUCUUCACAGAAGAACCAGGAGCCUCAAACUCGGAGACUGAUUCAAAACACCAAACUCCCCAACAGCCCCUUCAUCCCUCUUUCAAAACAGGGACUUUGGGAAAUACUUGGAGGAAACUCCCAGUCCCACUCCAACUCGUCCUUAAAAAUCAAGCUGCGGCCGAUAACGAAGGUUCAUGGAACUUCUAAAUUCUCCAGGAAGUUUAGUUGGGGAGACUUUUACUCAAACAUCAAGACGGUCAAACUGAACUUGCUGAUAAUGGGGAAGAUCGUGGACCACGGGAACGGCUCUCUCGGAGUGUACUUCCGCCACAACUCCACAGGUGUGGGCAACGUCUCCAUCAGCCUCGUGCCUCCCAUGAAAGAGGUGGAGUUCGACUUGGAGCGCCAAAGUGUGGUCAACCCCAAAGACUCCAAGACGUUCAGCUGCAGGGUGGACUACGAGAAGACCGAACGCAACAAGAAGGUGAUGCUGUGUAACUACGACCCGUCGAAGACGUGCGACCAGGAGCAGACCCAGAGCCACGUCACCUGGAUGUGCUCCAAACCCUUUCAGGUCAUCUGCAUCUACGUGUCUUUCUACAGCACGGACUACAGGCUGGUUCAGAAAGUCUGUCCCGACUACAGCGACCACAAUCCAGGAGCCCUCCUGCCCACAGGAGGUUGAUGUCUCAGUAGAUCCAGUUUCCAGCUGUUCUGACACUGUGGUGGAUGUUUUUGAUGUAGCAUUUCUCUCGAUAUAUUUUCAAGUCUUGCAUUUGACUAAAUACUGUGAUUUACAUGCUUGAGCACAAUAUAUUUCUUGUUGUAGACUAUAAGAGUUGUAUUGGCCUGCUUUUUUAAAGACAUGCAUAAAACUAGUGCUGUAAUUUAGAAUUCUUCUCACUGUGUUGGUGAACAUGAUUAGUUGAUUAAUUGAUUGGAUAAAAAGAAUGAUUAAAAACUUAUGACAUUUGAUCAUUUUAGUCAUUUUUCAUGAAAAGGUUUUAGAAAAACAACCACGUUAUUUGUGUCCAGCUGCUCAUGAAAAACUGAACCUUAUCUGUUUGAAAAUUGUAUAUCUUUUGGUUUUUGACUUGUGAUUGAACAAAACAAGAAAUUUAAAAAUGUCACCGUCCCCUUUGGGAAACUGUGACGUAGGUAAGAAGCUGCGUUCAAGGCUUGACUGAGGUGAAGGUUUCAGGGGGACCAGAGUUCAGCAGGGGUCCUGGAAUAAAUUGGGGGUUUUACAGAUUUGCUGAUGUCAGUUGUGGCUUUUGCUUCAACGGCGACAACUAAACUACAAAUCAGCCAAAGGUCUGAGCUUCAGUUAACUCAUGACCAUCGUAAACCUGAAGGUUUACACACAUACACGAGUUAAAUGUUUACAAUAAAACACAACUGUAGGUAUUAGAUGGUAGCUGUUGAGCAUAGACUGUAAAUAAAGAUGGACGACAUGACUGCUCCCCAAAAGUGAAGCCAAUGCGUCUUGAUUGUCCCCUUGUGGCUGGCUGUCGUAUUGGUCAU